CGGGAGUUGAGCGAACGCGGGCCCGUUCGCUGACCGGGACGGGUUCCCGCACCUCGGGGGCGCGGCCGUGACCUGCGGGAGCCUCUGCCACGGGCACACCCGGGCCGGGACCCCCUCGCCCCGCGGGAGGCGCAGGACCCGCGGCGGUGCGGGGACCCCGGCCCGGCGGGGCCGCGCCCGGAGCUCGGAGGUGCGGGGAGGCUGCGCCCGUACUGAGAGUAUACGGGCUUCCUGCAGAAACUGCCAGAGGAAAGCAAAGACCUUGAGCUUCUCUUCUAAAAGAGAGUCAGUGGGAUUCAUUCCCCUUGACAAACAAUAAGCCAGACCAGUAUCUGGGCUGCAGUCCAUGUUGUUUUCCUCCACAGAGAUGGUAUCUCUCCUGUGAGCCCUGUGCAUCGUCCCAGCUUUCUGCAUGUCUAGUUCAUAAUCCAGAGGGGAAUACAACUAUGAAAGCUGAAAGCUGACUUUGCAGAGAAAGCAUGUUUCUUUUAUCAGAGUUAUGUUCCACUGAUGCCAACAUACCAAACUGUUAAAAAUGCACCCUAUUUAGUGACAGCAAAGUGAUGCCUCAGCAAGCCUUUCUCUGGGGCAUUUUUCUUGGAAAACAUUGCUGCUAAAAAGCUCCAAACAGGAGGAGUAAAUCCAGUCAGCUUGUCAGACCACUGGCUCAGUGUAACGGUGCUUUCAUGAGGUAACGUUGGGCCAAAGUCAACUUUUCUUUUCUCCUUUGUAAACCUGCAGCCAAGCAAUGGGCCAGAAAAUCUCAGGGAGCAUAAAGUCUGUGGAUGUGAGGGAGCCCCCUUAUAGACCUGUCAAACGAGAGCUGAGAGGCCCGGAUUUUUGCAAGCCAGCGCGCCUGGACAUGCUGUUGGAUAUGCCCCCUGCCAAGCUGGAGGUCCAGUACAAACACGCUUGGAACAACGAAGAUCGCUCCUUAAAUAUAUUUGUAAAGGAAGACGAUAAACUGACUUUUCACAGACACCCGGUUGCCCAAAGCACAGAUUGUAUCCGGGGCAAAGUCGGCUACACGAGGGGCCUCCACGUCUGGCAGAUCCACUGGCCCACGAGGCAGCGGGGAACUCACGCCGUGGUGGGCGUCUCCACGGCCGAAGCCCCGCUGCACUCGGUGGGAUACACGUCCUUGGUCGGUAGCAACAGUGAGUCAUGGGGCUGGGAUCUGGGGCGCAACAAACUCUACCACAACUGUAAAAACCAGCCUGGCGUCACGUAUCCUGUCUUUUUGGAACCAGAUGAGUCUUUUGUACUCCCAGACUCGUUACUGGUGGUUUUGGAUAUGGAUGAAGGGACGCUUAGCUUCAUGGUGGAUGGACAGUAUCUUGGAGUGGCCUUCAGGGGACUAAAAGGGAAAAAACUUUACCCCAUAGUCAGUGCAGUUUGGGGGCACUGUGAAAUUACAAUGAGAUACAUCAAUGGACUUGACCCGGAACCCCUGCCUUUAAUGGACUUGUGCCGAAGAUCAAUUCGUUUUGCUCUUGGCAGAGACCGCCUGCAUGACAUAGAAAUUCUACCUUUGCCUCUGUCUCUGAAAAAUUAUUUACAGUACCAAUAAGAUGUCUAGAACCCUCUGGCCUCACGUUGGACUACAUCAAUGCAAAUGGCAGAAAAUUGUUUACAGCAAAAUAUAAAUCUUUGUGAUGGACA